AUGAGUGGUCUUCUUACUAUCAUUUUAAUCUUCUUUAUUUGUGAGUUGGUGACGGGCAUUGUCAUACAUUCCCUUGCUUUGUUGGCAGAUGCAUUCCACAUGUUAAGUGAUUUAACGUCACAAAUCAUCGGACUCAUUGCCAUAUUGUUAUCUAAAAAGAAAGCAUCCCCAAAUUACUCUUAUGGAUACUUUAGAGCUGAAAUACUUGGCGCACUCACAAAUGGCAUAUUCUUGUUGUCUGUUGGCUUAUUCAUAUUUCUAGAAGCCGUAGAACGGUUCAUACAAAUUCAGGUCAUCACAAGUCCUGUUGUCAUGUUAGUAGUCGCUAUUUUGGGACUUCUGGUGAAUGUCGGAGCAAUGUUUCUAUUCCACGACCACGACCAUCACCACGUUGGACAUUCCCAUGAUCACGUGCAUGGGUUGCUUAAUGUGUUUAAAAAGAAAGACAACAAACAAUUUGAAGUGUUUCAGAACAAAGAAAUGGACGAAGAAAACACUGAAGGCGAUUCACAAGUGUUCGACGAAAACGUAUUAAAAACACAACAAACCGAAGAACAUCCAGAAACCCCAGAAAUUGACGUGAACAACACAAAAAGUGAACUCAUCAAAGGAAAUCAAUUACAAAAUGCUGAAUCCAAAGAAAAUGGUGUUGACAUUGAAAAUCAACAUCACCACAAAAAUUUAAAUAUCAGAGGAGUUUUUCUGCAUGUGAUGUGCGACGCACUUGGAAGUUUCGUGGCCGUAAUAGUUGCACUUGGGGUGUUGCUUAUUGAUGGAGAUUGGAAAUAUUACUUGGACCCAUCACUCUCACUUGUUGUUGCUUGUGUUGUGAUGACAUCGGGAAUGCCGUUAGUCAAAUCGUGCGUCAAAAUUUUGAUGCAAAGCGCCCCACACGACUUUUCGAUUGAAAAAAUCCAAAACAAAAUUGUAUCAAUCAAAGGAAUUGCACAAAUACAGGAAGUCCACGUUUGGCAACUUGCAAAUGACAACGAAGUUGCAACGGUAAACAUUGAAAUUAAAAAGGAAAACAAAGAUAAUGUGUUUGAAAUUGUUCAAAACGUUAAACGCCACCACAUGAAUUAUGUCACCGUCCAGCCUGAAAUUUAA